AUGGAAGUAGUAGUAGCAGUAAUACUAGUAGCAGCAGCAGCAGUAGUAGUAGUAGUAGUAACAGAAAAUAAAGUUGUUGGUGUUUGGAAGUAUCUAGCUGGGUGGGUAGGUAGAGAAGGGAAGGGGAAAGGGUGGAAAGAGGAAGAAUUGGAUCUUUAUGACUUUAUCAAUAACUUCAAACACAAAUCCGGAGUGAAAGUGGAAGCGACAAUACUGGGUGAAGAAUCGAGUUUGGUCGUCGUAGUUGUCCUAGUCGUCCUAGUCGUCUUAGCCGUCUUAGUCGUCUUAGUCGUCUUAGUCGUCUUAGUCGUCUUAGUCGUCUUAGUCUUCUUAGUCGUCCUAGUUCUUAAAACUUAG